AAGCGUCAUUCUACUUCCGGUUCAGAGUUUACCGGGGGCCUAACAACGCGGAUUAAGACAACCGGCUGUGUUCGCAGCAAAUAUAUGUUUAUUUCUGUCUUGACUGUACUAUAAAGAAUUUUAAUCAUGUCUGGUAGAGAAGGAGGCAAAAAGAAACCACUGAAGGCACCAAAGAAACAGAGCAAGGAAAUGGAUGACGAUGAAAUGGCCUUCAAGCAGAAGCAGAAGGAAGAACAGAAAGCUUUGGAUGCACUGAAGGCGAAAGCUUCAGGGAAAGGACCUCUAGGCGGUGGUGGGAUCAAGAAGUCGGGCAAAAAGUAAAAUUCCAGUCUGAUAUCAAUGCUCGUUCACUCCUCGACUUUGCUUCCCUUGUUUGUACAGUUGUUGAAAGGUUCCAGUUUGCUAUAGUGUGUUAAACAUGGACCCUGUCCAUUUCUAAACCCUCCCUGUUGUGGAAGGUGCAGUGAACAUGUGGACAACAUGCAUUUAUGUAUAAACGUUGGUGGCAAAUACAUCUAUUAUUAGUCAGGUGUGGUGCACACAUCCACCCAAGAAAUUAAAAGUUUUGUUGUUGGUAACUCUUCACUCUUAAUUUACCCUGACUAAAAUCUUCAAAUCCUGUUUAGAAAUGAGGCUUUGUAGCAUUAGAAAUGCAAAAGUUGGAAAAAAAAAUCCUCAUGCUAAUUGUUUUGUUUCCAUGUAAAACCUUUAUCAGAGACAUGUUAGCUCACAUUUUAGAGGGAGAUGCCAAUAAAGGUUUUGUAAUUA